UUCAGGCGGCCGGCCGGAAGACAUGGGGCAAGGCGACGAGAUGGAAUUGGAGGCUCAGGCUCAGAUAUGGAAAUACAUCUUCUCCUUUGUUGAUUCCUUUACUCUGAGGUCUGCAGUUGAACUAGGAAUCCCAGACAUCAUACAUAGUCAGGGGCGUCCCAUCACACUAUCACAGCUCUCUGCAUGUCUCCCGAUCGAUUAUGCCAACCCAGAUCGCUUGAAUCGCUUAAUGCGAUAUCUGGUGAGCAUAGGAAUCUUCAGUCGAGAACAUGGUAGCGCUGAUGAUGAAGAUGAUCAAGAAGACAAGUUUGGACUAACUUGUCUAUCAAAACUUCUAGUACGAAAGCUGGAGAACAAUAUGGUUCCAUUCUCCAUGUUGGACUUCAAGGUGUUAAUGGAGCCAUGGUAUCACUUGACAUGGAGCUUGGAUGGCAGAGCAAGCGGCGUUACAGCAUUUGAGAGAGUUUAUGGGACAAAAUUUUGGGAUUAUGCAGGGCAGGAUCUGGAGUUUGGUGAGAAGCUGAAUGAGGCCAUGGCUUGUGAUACAAGCUCAACGAUGCCUACACUACUCCAACAAUUCAAUCAAGUGUUUGCAGACAUGAGUUCAGUCGUAGAUGUUGGUGGGGGGACUGGCACGGCUGCUAUGGCCAUAGCCAAGUCCUUUCCAAAUGUGAAGUGCACCGUCUUUGACCAUCCACAUGUGGUAGUGGACGAUCAAUCAGACUCUGGUGGUGUGGCCAAGGUCUCCGGCGACAUGUUCAACUUCAUCCCUCGUGCAGAUAAUCUUCUAUUAAAGUGGAUCCUGCAUAACUAUGGAGACGAAGACUGUCUGGUUAUCCUCAAACGGUGCAAGGAAGCACUGCCAGAAAGGGGAGGAGGAAAGGUUGUAAUCGUUGAAACUGUGAUGGAGGGUGAUCACAAUGAUGAAACUGCAGCGGAGAUCCAUGAUGAUGAAUUUACACCUUGUAGACUUAUCAUGGACAUGGAAAUGAUGUUGCUGUUCGGGGGUAAAGAGAGGACUGCCAAAGAAUGGCAGAGUCUGGUUGAACGAGCUGGGUUUAGGCGCUGCACAAUGGAACGAAUCAACUCAUCUAUGCACUCUCUAAUUCAGGCCUAUCCUUGACCUAUUGACACUUGUUUAUGUAUGUAAUCCAUCAUAAUUAAAUUUACUGAAUGCUUUAGUUUAGAGGCUACAUGCGGCAGCUGGACCAUGGUGUUUACGUAUCAGUUGUUUCCUUUGAAAUGCAAUGCAGGCCGCUGCCCCGGUUUAUCCUCGAACAAGGCCAUUACAUUUACAUGCAUGGAUGGCUCACCAACAAUCCAUGGACAUCAUUCUCUUUCACUUGAUUACUGCCGUUACAUCCGUUUGACAACUAUAUUAACUGCUCUCGAUCAGUUGUUGUUGUUUAAUUUUUAGUUUUUUUUCUUCUUCUUCGUUUUUUCCUUUCUUGUUUUUUAAGAUAGUCAUUCUGUGUCUCGGAACUAUUAGAAAGUAAAUCUUUUACCAGGUCUAUUUGCUCAUGAAAUUGAAGUAAUUACACAUUAAGGUUUUGUUUGGAUAA